CUGAAGACUCAGUCAGACUGGUGAAUGGGACCACUUCCUGUUCUGGUACAGUGGAAGUCUUCUACGAAGGAGAGUGGUUGGGUCUAUGUACUGGGUGGUGGGACAUGAUGAGAGAGGUUAAGGUUGCAUGUAGAGAUCUGAACUGUGGGAAUCCUGUAGCUGCAUCUAGAGGACCUCUGGUUGAAGAUGGAAGAAGAGGAAUCUCACUAUAUAGUAGUUGUAGUGGAGAUGAGUCUUCUAUUAGACAGUGUGUCAUCAUAGGAGGAGGACCUGGUGACUGUGAUGGUGAAUAUUAUCAUCAUGUGACCUGUUCAGAGUCUGUGCGGCUUGUGGAUGGAGCUGGUCUCUGCUCUGGGAGAGUGGAGGUGAAGUCCAAUCAGUCCUGGGCCUCAGUGUGUGAAGCUGACUUUGACCGGCAGGAUGCAGAGGUAGUCUGUGGGGAGCUUGGCUGUGGGGCUCCUGCAGCUCUACAGGGGGGGCUCUAUGGAGAAGGUGAGGGUCAGACCUGGGAUAAAGAGUUCCAGUGUAAAGGCAAAGAGUCCCUUCUCCUGGACUGUGACACCUCAGACAGAGAAAACAACACCUGUCUACCUGGUAAUGCUGUUGGACUCACCUGCUCAGAGCCUGAUGAUGUGAGGCUGGUGGGAGGAGGCAGUCGCUGUGCUGGUGGAGUGGAGCGGUACGACCAGGGAGAGUGGAGGACUGUGGGAGCUAGAGACUGGGAGGAUGUAGCUGCAGUAGUGUGUAGACAGCUGGGUUGUGGCUCCACUGUUUCAGUUCUACCUGGAAACACCACUGGAGGGAAUAACAUUAUCUGUUCUGGGUCUGAGUCUUCACUGAGGGAGUGUGGAAGAUCAGAUGAUCUCUAUCCUGGACUCACAGUGAUCUGCUCAGAUGUCCUGCUUAAGCCUGAUAUCAACAUAUGUUGUCUCAGUGACUGUAGGCCCACUACUCAUGUUGCCCUGUGA